AUGCCAAUGAAAUCAGAUAUUUUCGUUGAUGCAUCCAAGUUCGAUCGCUCGACGGUCUCGGAGAAGACCAAAAAGUUCAAUGAAAGCUUGAUCAAAACCUGGAAAGAUGGACCCCGAUGGUAUGAGGUAGGGGCAGCAGAAUAUCGAAAGCUCAGAUGGGAGGGGAAGACCCCAUUACCAAAACCAGUGAUUCUUCCUGGAGGCGUGAAUAUGACGAUUCCUUCAAGAGACCCGGGACGAGAGAUUCCUUGCAGGUACUUCAAGCCUGCAAAUGGAGUAUCCAAGGGCAUUCAUUUACAUAUCCAUGGUGGCGGUUGGGUUCUACAAUCCGAAGCUUACCAAGAUCCGUAUCUGAAAUACAUGGCUGAUCAUUUCGACUUGACAGUGUUUUCGGUGGGAUACAGACUUGCUCCCGAAGACCCAUUUCCGGCUGGAGCAAAUGAUUGCUAUGAUGCUGCAGAGUGGCUCAUCAAGAACGGCGAGGAGAAGUUCGGGGGCGAGCUUAUGUUUACUGGAGGAGAGUCCGCCGGGGGUCACCUCGCCGCCCUAGUUGCUCUCUAUCUCCUCGAAAAAGCCCCCAGCUUCGCAUUCAGAGGGCUUCUCCUUCACUUCGGCUGCUACGAUCUCUCCGGCUUCCUACCCAUGGUCGACCACCACGAGUUGGAGCUCGUCAUCGACCUCGAUGUGAUGCAGAAAUACAUCGACGCCUUGCUCCCGAAUACCACUCCUAUGGAACGCCGGCAUGCUUCUAUCUCCCCCUUCUUUGCAGACAUCCGGGGGAAAAAGCUACCACCAGCAUUGUUUACUUGUGGAAGUGAGGACCCGUUGUUAGAUGAUACGCUGUUCAUGGGUGCGAAGUGGCAGGCUUGGGGGAAUGAGGCCGUGGUUAGAAUUUACAAUGGUGCACCCCACGGGUUUAUUAUGUUUCCACCCGGGACAUGUGAUGCAGUGCAGGAGGGUCUGGAUGCCACUGAGGAGUUUGUGAAGCAGAAGAUUGGGACGUAA